AUGAUCAAAGACUGUUUUGUGAAAAACAAUCAGGAUGAAACUAAGAUGCGAAAAUCAGACUUGAAGAAUUCAACCAGUCUAAAACAAAAUACAGAUUCCCAGAAGAAAAAUUGUUCGAUAGUUUCCAGCACAACCUCAUUGAAAGUUGACCAAGACAUCCAGGAAUCUGGGUUGUUUAUUAAGGCGAUGGUAAAUGGCACUCAGUGUAACCUAUUGUUAGAUACUGGGGUCACUCUGACUAUUCUAUCAGAUCAACUGUAUGCUGAACUAGACAAAACGGGUAAAAUUGGACUUUCACCAGUUACACAGAGAAUUGUGGGUGCUGAUGGUGCACCUCUUACUGUACAAGGGAAAGGAUUAUUCUGCAUUAGACUUGGUUCUCAGGAAUUUACGACUCAGGCAGUAAUAGCAAACAUCAAAGCAGAUGGCAUUAUAGGAUUAGAUUUCUUACAAACAAACCAAUGUCUUGUCGAUGUAUGUAAGACCAAGAUGUAUGUUCAUGGGGUAGAACAUGAAUUAGAACUGCAAGGAAAUAUCGGUUGUUUUCGCGUGAGUCUGUGUGAAAACAUAUCCAUUCCUCCUAGAAGCGAAAUGGUAUGUCCGGGUCGAGUGUUGGACCUACCAAAACUACCACAGAUACCAUUGUUAAUUGAACCUUAUGCUAAGUUUCAGGAUAGUGGAAGAGCCUUGGUAGCUAGAUUCCUUGUCAAUUCAUCUGGGAAAGUGGCCGUUAGACUGAUGAACAUAUCUAGUCAGUCCCAGACAAUCUUCAAGAACACAGUGAUAGGCUUGACAUCCCCGGUAAGAGAAAUAAUUCUGCCUGAAAAGGAAGGUAUUGUUAAUAAUGUUAUGCCCGGGGAAAACAAAGAAACCCUUCCUGAGCAUUUGAACGAUUUAUUUGAUAGAACAAAAACUGAUCUAUCAGAGGAACAGGCGACUAAAGUAAAAAGUAUUCUUAUCAAGUUCAGUCAAAUUUUUUCAAAGAGCAAAGAUGACUUUGGAAGAACAUCAUUGAUAAAGCACCGUAUUAAUACAGAAGGAGAAAAACCAACCAAGCAACCACCCAGAAGGUUACCGCAUCAUGCUGCGGAAUUCGUUGAUCAAGAGGUGAAAAACAUGAUUGAUAAAGGCAUCGUAGAACCCUCAUCUAGUCCAUAG